AAUGCAGAGAACUUUGCAGGACAGAUGGAGAGUUUGUUAUGAUCCAGCUGAUAGUUCACUUAGAAAAAGGCCAGUAGAUUGAAGGAUGGUUGUAUCAGUAAAGUUGUACAAAGACCAGCAGUACUCAGCUUUAAAAAAAGACUGCCUUCAGCACCAUCGGCUGUUUGAGGACCCUUAUUUUCCUGCUACAACUGAGUCACUGUUCUAUUCCAAGUCACCUCCAGGACCGAUUGAGUGGAGACGACCACAGGAGCUGUGUGAAUCUCCUCGCCUAUUUGUUAAUGGAAUCAGUUCACACGAUCUGAAUCAAGGACAGUUGGGCAAUUGCUGGUUUGUGGCUGCUUGCUCCUGUUUAGCUCUGAGGGACGGCCUGUGGCAAAAGGUAAUUCCAGACUGGAAAAAGCAGGACUGGAACCCAAAAAAGCCAAAUGAUUACGCUGGUAUUUUCCACUUCCGAUUUUGGCGCUUUGCCGAGUGGAUCGACGUUGUGGUCGACGAUCGUCUUCCAACAAUGAAUAAGAAGCUCCUAUAUUGUCACUCUAGUUCAAAAGAGGAGUUCUGGAGUGCACUCCUAGAGAAGGCAUAUGCAAAGCUGGCAGGAUGUUAUGAAGCCCUGGAUGGAGGCAACACGGGUGAUGCAAUCGUUGAUUUCACUGGCUCAGUUGCAGAAACCAUAGAUCUGCAUGAGGUCAAAAACAGAAAAGACAGUGUCCAAAGGCAGAAGCUGUUUGAGAAACUGGUGAAAGUUCACAACAGAGGAGGGCUAAUCAGCUGUUCUAUCCAUUUGAAACCUGGCAGCAGCCUGGAUGUGAGCAAGUUACAAGGAUUGAAGAUUGAUCAUUCAUAUUCAGUGACAAAAGUGCAGAAAGUUCAACUGGGUAACACAGCAGAUAAAUUGCCCAUGAUCAAAUUGAGGAAUCCUUGGGGUAAAGUCGAAUGGUUGGGCCCAUGGAGUGAUAAUUCAAAGGAAUGGCGGAAGGUUAGCAAAAAGGAACGUAAAAAAAUUGGUACCGACAUUAAGAAUGAUGGAGAAUUCUGGAUGGCAUUUGAAGACUGGUAUAAAUACAUCACCAAUGUAAUAGUUUGUCAAAUGAUAAACACCUCUUUCCUGAGUAUUCGCAAGACAUGGGAUGAGGUGAUACUCCGUGGUACUUGGAGUAGACACGAAGACCCACUUCUAAACCGUGCAGGGGGCUGUACGAAUUAUCAGCACACAUUCCUGCAAAAUCCACAGUACGUAUUUGAUGUCACAAAGAAGGAGGAUGAAGUGCUGAUUUCUCUGCAGCAGAGAGACACACGUAUUCACAGGAAAGAAGGCAAAGGAAGUAAUCUGACCAUUGGUUUCAGUAUCUUCAAGGUGGAACUCAACCGAGAGUAUAGAUUGCACAGUCCACAUCAGAAAGUAUCUGGGUCAACCUACAUCAAUACGCGAAGUGUUUCUCUGCGAGCAUGCCUGAGAAAAGGUCGUUAUGUCAUCACCCCGACCACCUUUGAACCAUACAUCGAGGGUGAUUUCCUUCUGAGGAUCUAUACGGACGUAGCCUCUAGGUGCAGGGAGCUGACCCUUGACAAGCCACAGGUGACAUGUUGGAAUAUUAUUAUUCGUUACCCACGGAUUGUUACCCAGGUCCAGCUUCACAGUGCAACAGACCUGCCAAAGCAGAAUGCCUCUGGAGGAGCAGAUCCAUAUGCAGUUUUCAAAUGCGAAUAUCACAAAAUCUCUACAGCUAUUUUUGAAGACACGUUGAAUCCUCAAUUUGACACCAAAGCUAUUUUUUACAGGAGAAAUCCCAAGCUUCCAAUAAUCAUUCAGAUCUGGAACAGCAACAAAGUGUGUGAUACAUUAAUUGGUGAGGUGACCCUUGAAGAAUCCCAAGAUAACCCUAGCAGACAGCAGAUCCUUCAACUUCAGACAAAGGACAGACAGGAAAGUGAAAUGCCAAGCUACAUCACCAUCACUGUCACCAGUAGCAACAACCUUGCAGCAUUUUGAAAAUGAAGAAUGUCAAAAUAACAUCGCUGCAAAGGAGAGUUUCAUCCACUUCCUUUUGUUUGUUUGUAACAGAGUUUGAAGAUUGGGAGAGGCCUGCAACAUGAAUAAGUCUGUUGGUAUACUUUUCCCAUUCUCUCCCCUAUGCCUAUCUCAAAAAUGAAAGAAUUCCAAAUUUAGUCCAGGUUUAAGAGAUUAUGUAUCAAUAUUAAUUAUUUUGUGAUGGCAGUGGCCAACACUUUACUCUUUAAAAUUACAAACUUAUUGUAAUAUAAUUAGUUCAAACAGCUGAGAAUUUGAUAGAAUGUGCCUAUACAACUAGGAAUGAUUGUGAAAGACACAUCCCUAAUUUUCCACAAGAAAUUAAAUUUGAUUUUUUUUGUAAAUUACAUCUUAACUCCCAAAAGAGAUUAACAAUCUUAUUCCCAAACUGACUUAUUGUGUUAUCAAUGUUUUAAACCUUCGAACAUUUUGGAUUUUGUUUCUAGUGACACCUCUCAUCUAAUUUGAUGGAGAACCUUAGUGUUAGGAGUUGAUUCACACUGCUCUAUUUAUAACCAAGUGCAUUAGCAUUUCAUCCAAGCUGGAUACUGUGUCUUUGAUUUGGAUGCUUUUCAAACACAGAAUAAGCAAGCAUUUAGUGGGAAAGUCACAAUUCACAAUAAAGAACAAUGAACAGAAUUUAUGAUUAGACGUAUAUUAAUUAAAAUCUUCAUAUAGUGCACUAAGGGUGGCAGGAAAGUACAGACCACAAUCAGAUCAGUCAUAAUCUUAUCAAAAAGGUGGGGCAGAUCUGAAGGCCAAAUAAUCUAUUCCUGCUCCUAAUUUGUAUGCUUGGAUAAUAAUACAAAAUAAAGGAGCAUAGAAAAUAUUUUGAUGAAGAAUAAAAGGUAAGAUUUUCAAAUUUGCUGAUGACGCAAUGGAUAGGUUAAGUGAGUGCAGAAAGACAUAAUAAGUGGAGUGUAAUGUAGGAAAAUGUGAAAUUGACCAUGAGAUAAUGGGAACUGCAGAUGCUGAAGAAUCCGAGAUAACAAAGUGUGGAGCUGGA